AGUAUAAAUAAUAAUGAUGCAUAGUCUAAAGCCUGAAAACAUACUCAUCGAUGAAAAAGGUUAUAUAAAAUUAACAGAUUUUGGUCUUUCCAAAAUAUUGCUAUAAGAUAGAACUGAAUAGGUAGAAGGAACAUUUGAAUAUUUGGCUCCAGAGAUUCUUAAUCAAAAUGGAGAUGACUAUGAUUAUAAAGUAGAUUGUUGGUCCUUAGGUUGCUUAUUAUACGAAUUAAUUGCAGAGCAUCCUCCUUUUAUGUCUGAAUAUAGGGAUCAAUUGCCCAAUUUAAUUAAGACAACGCAACCGAAAUUCAACUUUCCAUUAUCCGAUGAACUUAAAGAUUUGAUAACCAGUUUAUUGCAAAAGGAUCCAAAGAAAAGACCCUCUUUAGCGGAAAUCAAAGGAUUUUCAUUCUUUAAAAAUGUUAAAGAUUGGGAAUCGUAUUUAUCCUACAGGGUUGUUCCUCCCUUUUUACCAAUUUUUCAUCAAUGUGAAGAUUUCUGGCGUUUCGAUCCUGUAAGUGAUUUUAUCUUAACAAAUAGGGGUUUACCUAAUAUAAAGAAUCUGGAGAUGCAAAUUAUGAUUCAGAUAAAGAUAAUAAAUUUCCUGACAUUUUCGGUAAAAAUUCUUAAUAAUGA